CAGCGAAGCACAGUUUGUACUUUGGAAGAGUUAUGUUGGAGUUGUGGUAAAGAAAAAAAACUAUUAUAAUAAUAAAACAAUAAUAAGUACGAACUUUACAUGGAAAAUAGGAGCGUUACAAUAACACGACGAGGUCGCUCGCAGAUUUCCGUGUGUGCGUUUCCCGGAGGCCACGCCCUGCUCCCCGCGCCCUGCGCCCCGCACCCUGCCCCGCACCCCGCCCUGCCCCAGGGGUUGCCUGGAGACCCCCGCUCCCCGCCCCAUGACGACUGAGCCCCUGCUGCCCCUGGCCUGCCUGGCGCCGGCCACGCUGCCCCGUCCCGCGCCCUCCCCGCCCCGCUGCGGCACCCUGGACGCCGGCCUCGCCCCCCAGGAGCCCCCCGCCCCGCCGGGGGGGGUGGACCCGGAGCUGCAGGACCCCUCGGAGUUCCGGCUGCAGGUGGACUUCUUCCGGAAGCUGGGCUACUCCCGGCGGGAGGUGUGGACCGUCCUGCAGAAGCUGGGCCUCAACACCGACACCAACACCGUCCUGGGGGAGCUGAUCCGUAACCAGGGCGACGCCGAGCCCCCCGCCGACCCGGUCCCGCACGCCCAGCGCCCCGCCAGUCUGCCCCCCACCCCCCCUCCGCCGGACCAGGAGCCUGCGGGGGACGAGGCCCUCAAACCCAUCGUCAUCGACGGCAGCAACGUGGCCAUGAGCCACGGCAACAAGGAAGUCUUCUCCUGCCAGGGAAUCCAGCUGGCGGUGAAGUACUUCCUGGACAGAGGUCACACAGACAUCACAGUGUUUGUGCCCUCCUGGAGGAAGGAACAGCCCAGACCUGACGUACCUAUCACAGAUCAGCACGUCCUGCGGACUCUGGAGAAGAAGAAGAUCAUGGUGUUCACGCCCUCCCGGCGCGUCGGGGGCAAGAGGGUGGUCUGCUACGACGACCGCUUCAUCGUCAAGCUGGCGUACGAGUCGGGCGGCGUGAUCGUGUCCAACGACACGUACCGGGACCUGCAGAGCGAGAGGCCGGAGUGGAAGCGCUGCGUGGAGGAGCAGCUGCUCAUGUACUCCUUCGUCAACGACAAGUUCAUGCCUCCUGACGACCCGUUGGGCCGGCACGGUCCCAGCCUGGAGAACUUCCUCCGGAAGAAGCCGCUGGUGCCAGAACCGAAACGCCAGCCCUGUCCCUAUGGGAAGAAGUGCACGUACGGGAUCAAGUGCAAGUUCCACCACCAGGACCGCGCCCACCAGUCGCAUCGCUCCCUGGCUGACGAGCUCCGAGCCAACGCCAAGCUCUCCUCCCUGAAGGACGACCGGAGGGCCUCCUCCUCAUCGGCCAAAAAGCCGGGCCCCGCCGACCCCGGCCCGACCCCCCUCUCCCUGGGCCAGGAGCUGGAGCACAGGCUGAGUCUGGAGCAGCGUGCGUCGCUGAAGGGUCCCCACCACGUCAGCGAGAACGUGCUGCUCCCCCGCCCCCAUCACGCCCGCAGGCCCGCCUCCAAGAAGGGCACGGCAGCCAAUCCCCACUCUGACUCCGCCUACCUCAAUACCUCCUCCCAGGAGCGUCUGGAUUCCGGCCUGGGUUCUUACGACAGUCAGUACUCCGAGGUCUCCAGGGGUUACGGAGACCCCCACACCGGCCCCUGCUCUUCAUCCUUCUCCUCCUCUUCCUCCUCCUGCUCCUCCUGCAGGUCUCCUCAGCGCUAUGCCCAGCACCACCCACCAGACGGACAAAAUGGCCGCCACGUCCCAGACGGACAAAAUGGCCGCCACCUCCCAGACAGACAAAAUGGCCGCCAGGCUUGCAACUGUUGCCCUCACUUGCCCCCGCCCACUUGUGCUCAGCACUACGGCCAAGGCCCCGCCCCCUGCCAGCCUUGCUACCCCCCCGGGUACAGGGGCUCCCUGUACCCACCCCCCUACAGCCUCCCCGCCAGCUUUCCCCAAAUCCAUGCGGGACCCCAGAAGUACUGGUCUGACCCGUUCCAGCCCAUCCCACAACAGACCCGUUCGGCCAACAGCCUCCCGAACCACCACAGGAUGCCCGCAGAGCAAGGCAUGAUGGGAGUUUACGGGGGGGACCAGCGCCACUGGGCCCCGGCCCCCCCGGCCCCUCCCCAGGCCCCCUUCCAGGCCGAACGGGAGGAGGUCCGAAAGAAGCUCCAGGCAAUCUUCCCCCCCUGUCAGGUGGACAAGGUCAUGGGCAUGUUCCCCCACGUGCUGGACCCCCAGGCCCUCGCUGCCGAAAUCCUCACGCUGAAGUCGCAGGGAGGGGCGCUGUGAUGUGGGGCUUUUAGCCCCCCUCCCCUCCCCUCCCCUCCC